CCGAGGGAGCUGGGAGUUGGCUCACAACGCCUCCCUCCCACCCGCUGAGAACAGCCUGGAGUCCCCGGGACUGAGGGACUGAGUUGGUCCCUGAGAGUCUGCCUCCCUCCAGGGCAAGAGGAGUUCCCAGCUCCGGACCGCGGCUGCAUCGCGGAGGAAAGGAGCCAGCCGGACCCCUCGGCCUUGGAGCCAGCUUACCGCACCCUGCGCCCCAGGCCUGGGUGUCCUGAAAACGGCGGCGCCUCGCAGGGACCAGCCCGGCCUGCGUGAGACCGGCGGGAGCCCCACACCCACGCCCAGGCGCUUCCCUCCGUCUCCGGGACCUCCAGGCCCUGCAGUGGAUUCGGCUCUUCCUUCACCACCCCUGGGAACGACCACAAAUUCAAUUUGGGAUUUUUCUGAGUAAACCCGAGCUUAGACGCUUUUGCUGGAUUUAUUUAAUACGUACAUAUUUUUUGAAGGAUUUGUGGUUUUUUACCUUUGAUUUUUGAUCUUCGUUUUUGUGACAGCCCCUCGCCUGUACAUUAUUAUUCGUAUUUAUAUUUUUUUGUUAUUAUUUUCUUUCCCCGCCUUGCUUCUUGGCCCGAGGACUCGGACGCUGCGAGCGCGCGGGGCGAUGUACCAGAGCCUGGCCAUGGCCGCCAACCACGGCCCGCCUCCGGGGCCCUAUGAGGCGGGCGGCCCGGGCCCCUUCAUGCACAGCGCAGGCGCCGCGUCCUCGCCCGUCUACGUGCCCACGCCGCGCGUGCCCUCCUCUGUGCUCGGCCUGUCCUACCUCCAGGGCGGAGGCGGGGGCGCCGCGGCCGGGGCCACCUCGGGCGGCAGCUCCAGUGCCGCGCCGUCGGGCGCUGGGCCCGGGACCCAGCAGGGCAGCCCGGGCUGGAGCCAGGCGGGAGCCGAGGGAGCCGCUUACACCCCGCCGCCCGUGUCGCCGCGCUUCUCCUUCCCGGGCACCACCGGGUCCUUGGCCGCCGCGGCCGCCGCCGCCGCGGCCCGGGAAGCCGCGGCCUACAGCAGUGGCGGCGGGGCGGCGGGCGCGGGCCUGGCGGGCCGCGAGCAGUAUGGGCGAGCCGGCUUCGCGGGCUCCUACUCCAGCCCCUACCCCGCCUACAUGGCCGACGUGGGUGCGUCUUGGGCCGCGGCCGCCGCCGCCUCCGCCGGUCCCUUCGACAGCCCGGUCCUGCACAGCCUGCCCGGCCGGGCCAACCCCGCCGCCCGACACCCUAAUCUCGUAGAUAUGUUUGAUGACUUCUCGGAAGGCAGAGAGUGUGUCAACUGCGGGGCCAUGUCCACCCCGUUGUGGCGGCGGGACGGGACCGGCCACUACUUGUGCAACGCCUGCGGCCUCUACCACAAGAUGAAUGGCAUCAACCGGCCCCUCAUCAAGCCCCAGCGCCGCCUGUCUGCCUCCCGCCGAGUGGGCCUCUCCUGUGCCAACUGCCAGACCACCACCACCACGCUGUGGCGCCGCAACGCUGAGGGCGAGCCCGUGUGCAAUGCCUGCGGCCUCUACAUGAAGCUCCAUGGUGUCCCCAGGCCUCUUGCAAUGCGGAAAGAGGGGAUUCAAACCAGAAAACGGAAGCCCAAGAACCUUAACAAAUCGAAGACGUCAGCAGGUCCCUCGGGCAGUGAGAGCCUCCCUCCCACCACCAGCGCUUCCAGCAACUCCAGCAGUGUGGCCACCAGCAGCAGCGAAGAGAUGCGUCCCAUCAAGACAGAGCCCGGGCUGUCGUCCCACUACGGGCAUGGCAGCUCUCUGUCCCAGACCUUCUCAGUUAGUGCCAUGUCUGGCCACGGGCCCUCCAUCCACCCGGUCCUCUCGGCCCUGAAGCUCUCCCCGCAAGGCUACGCAUCUUCGGUCAGCCAGUCACCGCAGGCCAGCUCUAAGCAGGACCCUUGGAACAGCCUGGCCCUGGCUGACAGUCAUGGGGACAUAAUCACUGCAUAAUGUCACCUCCUUCCCUCUCAGAUUCCUGCAUGGACUUGGGACUCGGAGGACAGCCAAGAGGAGGCUCUGAGCUCCCGGGGGCUAGCCUGCUCUGUCUGGGCCUGACUCCAGACAACCGGGAAGAAACUUGAAGUCGAUGAUUUGGUUAGGGGAGUGGGUGCUGGACUUUAUGGGAUACUUUUAAAGCUGGGGGACUGGAGAGUGCCUCCCUGCCCCCCUUUGCUGGGAGCUCACCUUAGGCCUUUCCACUGAGGUGGAGACUUCUUUCUCGUUUUCUGCCCCUGGCCGGGAGAGGAGAGGGCCUUCUCCCUUGACUUUCCAGUGCAGUGCCCAAGCUGGUGGUCUUCCCCACCCCUGGGAUCUGAGAGCAGGCGCAGGGCACAGGGCACAGGGCACAGGGUCCUGGGCCCCGCUCCGGCCUGAAUCAGGGCACCUCUCUGACAAGCGUUUGGAUGCGUGGGCCUCUGGGAGGCUCCUGCCCUGGCCCAACACUCCUCCUCGGGCUCGGCACACCCCGCACCUCUAAUACUGAAUCUUGACUCCAAACCUGCCGGUGGUAGGGCCAGUGUUACCGGACACUCAGUGAGGAGAUGGAGGAAGGGGCCCUCUUUCCCACCACAGAGUGGCUUCCGCAGCCUGGCAACCUCACCUCCUUGCAAGUUCCUUCCGUGGCUAAAAUCGCUCCACUGCUCUCAGUGGUCAGCUCUGCCUACAGCUUGAACAUGUCUCUCCCUGGCAAAACAGGAGUUCGGCCCUUCAGCCAAACGGAAGCCCCCCCAAGCCUCCCCGCUCCCAGCCCUUCUUCUACCCCAUCAGCCCUGGGGGUCUGGAGUGAGAACAAAAAAGGUUCUGCUGCUAAAGCCAGUUUGAGUAGCAUUCAUCUAAGACUUGAGAUCCUUCUGGAGAGGAUAUGCAGUGGACCUUCCCCUGGGCUGGGCCUCCUGUGCAGGGGCGGGGUUUUCAGCUUGGAUCUUGAGGAUGCGCCCUCCUUUGGUGGAGACUUGUCUAUAGUGCAGGCAGCAGGCUGCAGCCCCUGCACCCAGGCCUACCUUCAGCAGAAAUCUUUUGUCCUGGAGUUUUCAGCAUAAAUUCACAUGAACACAGCACAACUCAUGGAAGAAAGAUGAGAAUGAGAGGAGACCCCGAGGGUGGGUCCUAUCCUCACAGCUUGGGAAUUGGCCUCCUCUCCAAGUUGCUGUUUCUACUCUCAACGCUGGGCUCAUGAAGACGCUCGCUUCUGCGUCCUGGUUGCCAACCGAGUGUAGCUGCCUGGCUUUCCUCUGUGCUACUCCAAACACCCAGCCCCUACCCAAAUCCUCCCGGCUGUAGCAGAGUAUCUUUAAACCCAGGUUCUGUUUUAAUCAUCAUUUACAUUGCUUUCUUCUGUGAAAGCCCCCCUCAUAUACUGUCCCUAACCCACAAACCUGCUAACAUUGUCUUAAGGUGAAAUGGCUGUAAAAUCAGUAUUUAACUAAUAAAUUUAUCUGUAUUCCUCUG